GGGCGAAGCGCGAAUCGAUUCUGUACCGCAGUCGGGUUUAGAGCUUGAAGAUGGCGGACAAAACUAAGGUUACUGAGCAGUAUUACGCGCCGCCGCCCGACCUAGGAGGAUGGGAGUCUUUCAGGAUCUUCCUAUGGAACUCGGAAACCGGACAGUUCCUCGGCCGUACUGGAUCGAGCUGGGCUAAAAUCCUGCUAUUCUACGUGAUCUUCUAUGCGUGCCUGGUGGGCUUCUUUGCCGGGCUAUUGGCCGUCUUCUACCAGACCCUGGACAUGAAGGUGCCCAAGUGGCAGCUGGAUAGCUCUAUCAUCGGCAGCAACCCUGGUCUCGGAUUCCGGCCGACGCCCGAAACGUCCAACGUGGAGAGUACCCUGAUCUACUACAGGGCCAACGACAAGGGCUCCGUGCUCAAGUGGGCCAAGGUCAUCGAUGAGUUCCUGCAUACUUACCGCCGCAAGGGCAGCGGCAGCGGCGAGGUGCCCGGCGCGGAGAACCGCGUGGCCUGCAGCUUCAACUCGGGCCCGCUGGGCGACAAGCAGGUCUGCGACGUGCCCGUCGACGACUUCAGCCCCUGCACCCCUGCCAACCAGUACAACUAUGAGCAAGGCGCGCCCUGCGUGUUCUUGAAGCUUAAUAAGAUUUUCAACUGGAAGCCGAAGCUGUACAACACCACCGACGACCUGCCCGGGAACAUGCCAGAGGACCUCAAGCAACACAUCAAAUCUACCUCCGGCAAGAACGAAGCGAACAUGGUGUGGGUGUCCUGCGAGGGCGAGAACCCCGCUGACGUGGAGAACAUCGGGCCAAUCCAGUACAUCCCCCGGCGCGGGUUCCCUGCCUACUACUACCCCUUCACCAAUAAGGAUGGGUAUCUCAGCCCGCUGGUCGCUGUGCUCUUUGAGAAGCCAAGGACGGGCGUCCUGAUCAACAUCGAGUGCAAGGCGUGGGCCAAGAACAUAUUCUAUGACCGCUACGAGCGGCGCGGCUCAGUCCACUUCGAGCUGAUGGUGGACCGCGGUUUUGGGUGUGACGUUACAACCGGCGCCAUGGCUCUACAGAAGAGAACUAUUAAAAUAAUCGUUAUUACUGUGAUUACAUUACUUAUUAUUGGAGCUUUGCUGGGGAUCCUGCUUGGUCUCUUGUUGCGAUCUGAUAAAGUUGCGUUGGAGGUAUGGCCGCGGGGCGCUGACGGGUCCAAGGAGCCAAAGAUCGCGUAUAAAGUCAGCGACAAUAGCAGCUAUCUGCCGUGGGUACGUCGGAUCAAUGACACCCUUAGUGAAUACAAUAAGAUACGCACGGGAAGCAACGCGGGUAAACUCGUCAAGUGUGAUUAUAACACCAAGAUAAGCCCAGACCAGGUGUGCGACGUGGAUAUUAACCUGUUCUUCCCUUGUACUGCCGCGAACAAGUACAACUACCAGAACGGCAAGCCCUGUGUCUUCUUGAAACUUAAUAAGGUUUCAAACUGGAAGCCCAACCCUUACAAUACCACGGACAGCCUGCCCGCAACCAUGCCUCUUGACUUGAAACAGGCCAUCAAACCGAAGUCCGGCCAACUCGACAUGAACGAAGUGUGGGUGUCCUGCGAGGGUGUCUCCGAAGCUGACAAGAACAACAUUGGCUCCAUGCAGUACAUUCCCAGUCCUGCCCACGGCUUCCCCUCCUACUACUUCCCUUACACCAAGGAGCCCUACCUCAGCCCGCUGGUCGUCGUGAUGUUCGAGAACCCUGCUUUGGACACGGCUAUCAACGUGGUAUGCAAGGCGUGGGCCAAGAACAUCGUCGAGGGCGGCGAGCAGGUCGCGGCCCGCUUCCAGCUGAAGGUGGACAGCUAGAUACAGAACACCAAAGAAGGGAGUCGCCAUAUUUAUACCCUCGUGCGG